AGAAACGUAAACAAAAACAAAAUUUUGAAGCUCUGGAAGAUUAAAUCUUAAAAUUCCGAAGAAAAAUGACCCCCCUUUUGUGCAGAGUGUGUCUGCAGGUCGCUGAUGACCCCAUCGAUAUUACUUUUGCACUUUAUCGAGGAACGAUAAAAGUUACAGAGAUGUUUUCAACAAUCACCGAUAUUUACUUGGAAGAAAAAAGUCAAGCUAAUAUUCUCUGCAGAGAUUGCGAAAGUCGACUUUUUGCGGCUUACGAGUUUAGAUGUGAAGCAAAUGAAGCUCAAAAGGUGCUGAACAUUAGCAUGGCUGUGAAAAAUGAAGAGCAAAUGAUUGUAGAAUGUGCCGAGGAGGAAGAUGAAGACUUUUAUUGGAACGAAAACGAAAGUCCAGUCAUAAAGAAAGAAGGUAUUAAGCGAGAAGGAGAGUCUAAAGUACGAGUAAAGAGAAGAAGAUCGAACCAAGCACCACCACAAACUCCAGCAAACCGUUUCCAAUGUCGGUUUUGUUUGCAAAUUGUCGUCGAAGGUUUAAGGGAACACGAAAAACAGCACAUAAUUGAAAAUGGAGGUUUCGAAUGUGAACAUUGCCCGAAAAAGUUCAUAGAUCGCGAUCGAGUGGCAAUUCAUUUGAAGGCAGUCCACUUUAGUAAUCGCAAAGACCCGAAUCGUCCACGUUACGCAUGUGAUAUUUGCAACAAAACCUACACCGAAAAAUGCUCCGUUGCUAAACACAAGAGAAAUCACCACAGUGACGUGCCAAUUCCGCGAGAAAUUUGCCCGUAUUGCGGCAAGGAGCAACAAAAUUUGAAAGUUCACAUUAACACGGUGCACAAUGCGACAAUUUCGUGUUAUUGCGAUUUUUGUCAAAAGGGUUUCAAAACAAAGGGAGCUCUAAAAGUGCACAUCAAACAUGUUCACAUGAAUAUCAAAGAAUUCCAGUGCACGAUUUGCUUGAAAUUCUAUCGUUCUCGAAGAGAAGUAAAAACGCAUAUGGAGGCAGUUCAUGUCGAGGAGAAAAGAUACCAAUGCGAUUCGUGUGGUAAACGAUUCAAGGCUGAAGCAUCAUACAAUCACCAUCUGAAAAUGCAUCAAGCCGAUUUUGACCACAUUUGUGAGGUAUGUGACGCUCGUUUCAAGUCAAUCCACUAUUUGCGCGGACACAUGAAAGUACAUUCCGAUGUCAAGGACUACGUUUGUUCCGUUUGCUCGGCCGCUUUCAAACGAAAAGAGCAGCUACGUCGUCACAUGCGAGGACACGAAGGAAUCCGAUUCGGAUGUCCACUAUGCCCCGACGUUAGUUUCAUGGAUAAAGGCUAUUUGAAGGAGCACCACGAACGUGUUCAUAUCGGCAUUCGGUACAGAUGCGAUGUUUGUUUCAAAGACUACGGAUGCAAGAAACACUUGGUGCAACAUCAAAAGGCAUCGAAAUGUGACAGAAGUAAGUGGACGCGAAUUGUUCCGGGAGAAAACAGUUAAUUUACGUAAAAAAAAAGAUUUUAUUCACGACAAAAGUAAAAUAAAUUAAGUAAAA